AUGAAGAAUGAAAUUGCUGCUGUUGUCUUCUUUUUCACAAGGCUAGUUCGAAAGCACGAUAAGUUGAAGAAAGAGGCAGUUGAGAGAUUUGCAGAGAAAUUGACUCUAAUACUUCAAGAAAAGUAUAAAAAUCAUUGGUAUCCUGAAAAGCCAUCAAAAGGGCAAGCCUACAGAUGCAUUCGUGUCAAUAAGUUUCAGAGAGUUGAUCCUGAUGUCCUGAAAGCCUGUGAAAACAGCUGCAUCUUGUAUAGUGACCUGGGCUUGCCAAAGGAGCUCACCCUUUGGGUGGAUCCAUGUGAAGUGUGCUGUCGGUAUGGAGAGAAAAACAAUGCCUUCAUUGUUGCCAGCUUUGAACAUGAGGAUGAGAACAAGGAUGAAAUCUCCAAGAAAGUUACCAGGGCCCUUGAUAAGGUUACCUCUGAUUAUCAUUCAGGAUCCUCUUCUUCAGAUGAAGAAACCAGUAAGGAAGUUAAAACCAACUCAGAGACUGCAACCCCCAGUCCCGUGUACCAGCUUCUGGUUGGCGCCGAUGGUAAAGUUAAACAAAUAGACUUAAAAGACACCCUCAUCCAAAACGCGCUCACACCCCUCAGUAGCAUUUGCUUCCGUCAGCAUUCAACUGCCCAGUCAGAGGUCCACAGCUUCAGACCCCUUCUUGGGUUAUGGAAAUCCACAUCUUAG